AUGGAUCAAAGGGGGGAGGGAGGCGAAUCAAGUAAAGUGAAACGCACCAAGAAGGAGGAGAUCUCGGGGGCCUCAAUUGGUGCCCGGCGGUUGGAAGGGCAGAUCCAGAGGUGUAGGAAGUGUUCCUAGUGACACGGUAUGUUAGGGUUGGCCUUUUUGGGCCGAAUUCGGGUGGUUUUGUCUGGUGUUCUAUGGUGGGGACGCGUUAGUUGGACUUGGUUUUUCGAGUCGCUGUUUGGCUGCAGCGCAACUCCCGUUUGUUAGAUCUGCGAUUGUGUCCCUUGUCUUUCCAGAGGAGUACGCAUAGCUUAGAUCUUAACCAGGGAGAGGUCAUAGGAAGUUCGGUUUCUGGUGAUGAGGGACUAUGGCCUCUCUUAUUAUCUGUUGUUCGCGUGUAUCUAACUUUCAAGUGAGGUUAAUUGAGACACAAGGUCUUGCAAUUCCAAUCUCUGGCUGAUUCAGUCCUGAAAGUGCAAGACAAUUCAGUGUCUUUCAAAAUACCUAGCUGAUAGCUAAUUUAUAAGUCAGCAGUACUUACACUUAUCCUCAUUACCACAGUUAACUGCUACAACUCAAACUCAAACUAAACCCAUGGACUCAGCGCACAUACUGUCCCAGAUGAAAGCCCUUUCAGAUUAUUGUUCCCUUUGCAGAAUGGUUGGUAGGAACAAGGAAAGCUAUACAGUCUGGAAAUCUCACAAAUUCGAAAUAUGCGAGGCCGUUUGCAGAAAUAAUUUUGGGGCGCUAUUCGACGAUGCACUAAUGCUCCUCAAGAAACAAACUUCCCUGGGAAGAGAAAACCUGGCACCGACGCUUGGAGCUGGCCUUCGUGGGAUUAUAGACGGAGGUUCUGGUAUCGGAGUCUCCGAAAUGACCCAACUGCACCGGAACCAGGACUGUAUCAACCUCUGGCGCAGAGACUUUGUCGGCAACUGUCUGGAGCACAAGGAACGUUAUGGUCGCGAUUUGGCCAUCGAUUUUUCUUCCAGUCAAUUGAGUAGAGAUGAGAUUUUCCGAGUCGAUAGAGCAUUCUAUAGGUACUCUGUUUUGGUACUUGCUUAUGAGGGGGGGGCUGAGUUGGAUACUUGUCCGUAUGGAAAUUUUGAGGGGUUGGAGAGUGAGCUGGAAGAGAUUUUUCAGGUGUGCAAGUUUACAAGGAAUGAGAAAGGGUCGGGAGCACUACUGGCGGAAGGCGUGGCAGCAUUUUUAAAGACCAUUGGAGCCGAGAUGGGAAUUUCGUUGGUGUGGUACGAUCGCUGA